CCGGUGACUCAUGUACCCCGUAGCAUGCUCCAUGGCAGAAGCAAUCGGUUUCACAACAGGAUUUAGCGAUAUCAUACUUGGAACCAACUGUCCUGUAUUUGGUAUACAAUCCCAAGCGUCACAAGAUGACCGCAGAUCUUAGGACUUUGCUCACGCCGGAGCUCUUCAGAUUCUUGGUCGACGAGUGGAUUCCAUUUUCAAGGACGGACCCUAUCGAGUUUGCCGAAGCUAUUGCAGCCAGUCUCUUUAGGCGCCGCGCGGAUACUGCAACUAUCAAACAGAAAACAUGGCCAGCUCUCAAGGCACUGAGUUUGCUUGGACUCGACCAUGUCCCUGACCUGUUCGCUUUUCUUCCUCCGCCCGAGGAUCCGGACUUUCCAACGCAAGCUCUAGGACUGCUGUUGGUAUUCGACCAAGCCCCCCGAACAUUGCUGAAGGGUGUGGAUGUUCGCUGGACGUAUGCUUACUUUGGUGAAAUCUCCAUCAAGUUCCUCCAGCAGUUGCAGACACUCCCAUCGCAGCUGCACCCGGCGGGCUGGAACCGGUGGAAAGAUUCGGUGUCUCUUGAAUUCUUUGUGUUCGUGCGCCUCUGGUUCAAUGCACCUCUCUGGCACCAUGAGAAGAUGGCAACUCAGGGCGUUUCCUUCACCGACGAGACCCGUCAGCUUGUCGAGCGCGCGACCAACACUCGGGAUCCAUACCGUGACCAGCCGGACAAGAGAUGGCACCUCCAUGGGUUCCCGAACAUGCUGAAAGAGGGUGGGCCUAAGAGUCCGUGUGGUGUUGUGCCAGGGGCCUUCUGGAUAUCGUGUCUCCUGGAUGUACAUAAACCACCACUCGACUUGUACGGGAGGUAUCCCUGGCAGAAUGGCGCCUUCGGGCGGGUGAACACUCCAGACGAAGCGGACUGGCUGGACACAGCAGAAAUCUUCAGCAUGGACCCCGAGGUACGAGAGAGGAUUCGACAAGACGUGGAAGCUGGCAAGUGGACGCCAUUGGGCGAUUCGGACUAGUGAAUAAACACAUGAUCGGAUAACCGAUCGGAAGGUGCCAUGAAAAGCUUCAUCCGGUAGUCUAGCAAUAAGCUUGCAAUUUUGCUGCAGUUCUAGGUGCCGGUGCAUUGCAUGUAAGGCAAUGGGCCACAUCAUUGGCUCCGUUCAUCACUUUGACAUGCAGAGGUAUGAUAAGGCUCCUUAGUGAUUCUAGGUUAUUAAACGCACUCUGAUACUGCGACGAAGAAGUCCUACCACACGCUUGCACAUUUGGUGAAUCGGCAGUGUGACGAGAAUUGAAAUGAAAAGGGAAAAAAGCUCGUUUUCGUGGGGUUUCGAGUAUAUAUGCACAAGAUGAACGUGAUCACACGUACCCGAAUGACUAUAUACUGCUUCUG